AUGUGGAACGCUUCUGAUGUCAACUUCUCCUGCUACCAUGAGUCUGUGCUGGGCUAUCGUUACGUGGCAGUUAGCUGGGGAAUUGUGGUGGCUGUGACGGGCACCGUGGGCAACGUGCUCACCCUGCUGGCCUUGGCCAUCCAGCCCAAGCUCCGUACCCGCUUCAACCUGCUCAUCGCCAACCUCACAGUGGCUGAUCUGCUCUACUGCACCCUUCUCCAGCCCUUCUCAGUGGACACCUACCUCAACCUGCACUGGCGCACUGGUGCCACCUUCUGCCGCAUCUUUGGGUUCCUCCUUUUUGCAUCCAACUCUGUCUCCAUCCUCACCCUCUGCCUCAUCGCCCUGGGACGCUAUCUCCUCAUUGCCCACCCUAAGCUCUUUCCCCAAGUUUUCAGUGCCAAGGGCAUAGUGCUGGCACUGGUGAGCACCUGGGUGUUGGCUGUGGCCAGCUUCGCUCCCCUCUGGCCAAUCUAUAUCUUGGUGCCCGUAGUCUGCACCUGCAGCUUUGAUCGCAUCCGAGGCCAGCCCUACACCACCGUCCUCCUGGGCAUCUAUUUUGUGGUUGGGCUCAGCAGUGUCGGCGUCUUCUAUUGCCUCAUCCACCGGCAGGUGAAGCGAGCAGCACAAGCACUGGAUCAGUACAAGCUGCGCCAGGCAAGCACCCGCUCCAGCCAUGUGGCUGGGGCACAGGAGGCCGCGCCUGGUCGCUUCCAGGAGCUGGACAGUGGGCUGGCAUCAGGAGGGCCCAGCGAGGGGAUUUCAUCUGAGCCAGUCAGUGCUGCCACCACCCAGACCUUGGAAGGAGACUCAUCAGAAGUCAGGGACCAGAGCAACAGUAAGGCAGCUAAGCAGAUGGCAGAGAAAAACCCUCCAGGAGUGGCUGCCAAGGCCAGGAUGACUAAAGGAGCCCAGAGAGCUCAGGACUCUCCAUCAGAGUUUGGGAAGGUGACCCGGAUGUGUUUUGCUGUGUUCCUCUGCUUCACCCUGAGCUACAUCCCUUUCUUGCUACUCAACAUCCUGGAUGCCAAGGUUCAGGCUCCCCGAGUUGUCCACAUGCUGGCUGCCAACCUCACCUGGCUUAAUGGCUGCAUCAACCCUGUGCUGUACGCAGCCAUGAACCGCCAGUUCCGCCAAGCCUAUGGCUCCCUCCUGAAACGAGGGCCCCGGAGUUUCCGUAGGUUCCAUUAA